UCAUUAGUCUGCCCAAGGCUCUUACUUGUCUGAAUCAGGCCUGUUCCCUUCCCUGCACCCACUGAAAUUCCAUUGCUCCCUCCUCAGAGUCCGUCAUGCUCUAAGCCAGUGUAUCUACUUAGAGUCAGAGGGAUGGACUCAUAAAUUGGGUUUUUAUUUCUUUGCAUGCCCUCCUCCUUGAGGCCUUCUGGAUACCAUUAAAUACAUUCAGUGUUUAUUUGUUACCUUUUACUCCUGAUUCUCUCUUUUUCAUUCUCUUUCCGUAAUCCCUUUUCUCCAUGUUCCCUUUCAGAUUCUUAAUCAGUCACCUUUUCCCCUGCCCUAAUAGCUGGUAGACAGUCCAGAGCUUCAGAAGGAACAGAUAUUACCUGAGUAGUGGGAAGAACUGAGGUAAGAAGGGGUCCAUACUUAACCCUUCUCAGCAACAGGGAAAGAUGGACUCUUAUUGAGGUUUAGAGAAGAAGUGGGGCAGGAAAGAGGGCUGUAUUAGUGGAGCCGGUGAUAAUGAAUUGAUUCUCUGUACUCAGAACAAUUUCCCUGAGGGACUCUUAUGGAUAAGGAGAUCUAGACACAAGCAAGAGCCACCUGUAUGGAAUUUCUAGGGGCAGAAGCUUGAGAAGUUUAGGAGGAGCAGGCAAUGAAGAUGGCCCCUCUCAAUCUCACCUUCUACCCCACUCUCCAUUGCCUUUAGGGAGGAUUUGAAUCUAGGUCUGAGUAGAGAAAUAUAUCUUUUAGGCUCCUUCUGAAUUUCCAUUUGGUAAUCCAUUUUCUUGGACAGGGAGCCCCAGCUUCCAAGAUGUUCAGCAAGUCUCAUGUGAAAUACUGAAGGUAAUAGCUAAAUUUAAUAUGAUUAAAUAUAAUCAAGUUAAAAAAUAGUUUAAUUAAUAGGGUUCCAGGAAGGAGAUGUUAUUAUGAACACUGACCUUUACAAAGUGGUAUAUUAAGUCUUAAGGAGGUAAUUUAAAGGUAAAAUAUGGAUGAGCAGAAGUGGAAGGGAAGGGAAUUUAAGGUAAACACAGACAGAAGGAAUGAAAGGGACAAAUGCAACAAAAGUAGGGGACAAAUCCUGCUGUGUAGAAAUGGUAGAAUGAAGUUAGAAAGGUAUGGUGGGGUCAAGCUCUGGGGCAAGAGGGUUAGAGCCAGGGCAAAGCCUCUAUUGGCUUUUAAUGCAUGAUCGAGACAGAAGUUCAAGCAAGCUAGGUGCUGAGGGCCAGAAACUAUUCCUACAUCAAAGUGUGUAUUCUCUGGGGAAUUUCCCUAGAAAGUCCUAAAAUUCAAAAAUCCAUGCUAUCCUUGGUGAUCUCUGCCCGUCUUCAGAGGUGCUUUCUAUUCCUAUCCCUUUCAGCAGACUCAUCAGCUCCUCAGUCAUUGUAGAGAGGACUCUAAAGUGCAUCAUGACUCAAGCCAACCUUACCAUCUUCCACCCUGCAGUUUUUGUCCUACUUGGCAUCCCUGGGCUGGAGGCUUAUCACACUUGGCUGUCAAUACCCUUCUGCCUCAUGUACAUCACUGCAGUCCUGGGAAAUAGCCUCCUGAUGGUAGUCAUCAUCACAGAACGCAGCCUCCAUGAGCCCAUGUACUUCUUCCUCUCCAUGCUGGCCAUGACAGAUAUCAUGCUGUCCACCACGACUGUGCCCAAGGCCCUAGCCAUCUUCUGGCUCCACUCUCAUGACAUUGUCUUUGAUGCCUGUGUCACUCAAGUCUUCUUUGUCCAUAUGAUAUUUGUGGGGGAGUCAGCCAUCCUGUUGGCCAUGGCCUUUGACCGCUUUGUGGCCAUCCGUGCCCCUCUGAGAUAUACAGCAGUGCUAACAUGGCCUGUUGUGAGAAGGAUUGCUCUGGGCAUUGUUACACGAAGUUUCUGCAUCAUCUUCCCAGUGAUCUUCUUGCUGAAGCGCCUGCCCUUCUGCCAGACCAACAUUGUCCCCCAUUCCUAUUGCGAGCAUAUUGGAGUGGCCCGCUUAGCCUGUGCUGACAUCACUGUCAAUGUCUGGUAUGGCUUCUCGGUGCCCAUUGUCAUGGUCACCUUAGAUGUGAUCCUAAUCGCUGUGUCCUACUCACUGAUCCUCCGAGCUGUAUUUUGUUUGCCCUCCCAGGAUGCUAGGCACAAAGCCCUCAGCACUUGUGGAUCCCACCUCUGUGUCAUACUCAUGUUUUAUGUUCCAUCCUUCUUCACCUUAUUGACCCAUCGCUUUGGACGUAACAUUCCUCGACAUGUCCAUAUACUGCUGGCCAAUCUUUAUGUGGUGGUACCACCGAUGCUUAACCCCAUUGUCUAUGGUGUGAAGACUAAGCAGAUCAGGGAGAAUGUAGCCCAUCAGUUCUAUGAGAUCAAGGCUUGGUGCUGUGCCUCCCCUCUAGGCUGAUGGCUCCUCACAUAUCCCCACUCCCCUUUUAAUCAAGGAAGCUAGGUGUGAAAUGCAGAGAUUUCCAGGACUGAAAGGGAUUUUCCUCUUCUUCCUUCUCUUUCUCUUCCUUCUUCUCCAUCUUUCCUUCCCCAACUUUUCUUUGUCUUCUGUCUUCACUUCUUUGCCUUCUUCUGCAGUUUCUUUCUUUUUUUUUUUCUGCUUUCGUCUCACC